AUAGACAAAGCUCUAUCAGAACCUGGCUCUCUCAGCUUAGCUCUUGUUGCUGUCUUCUUUGAUUCCACAAAAUGGCCCUUUUAAUUUCAUUCUUAAUUGGGAUACAGCUGUUUUACGCAGUGGUUUCCGUUCCUUUUCCUCUCUCCCUUUCCACAUCAUGCAACUCUUUGGGGGUAAGGAUUGCUGCAGAAGUGGCCCUCAACAAGGUCAAUGAAAAUCGGAAAGAAGGUUACGUUCUUGGUCUCCAGCGCAUUUUUGAUGUCCUAGAAGCUAUUCAGGGUGAUGAGUCUGCUUUCGAUCUUAUUUUGGAUGUGCUAGAAACCCAAUGCCAUGUGCGGAGCAGGAAACCCUGGAAAGAAUGCGAAUUUAGAAGCCCACAUGAGACAGUCUUUGGCAAUUGCGAAAUAAUAAUGAAAUUCAACAGGGUAACGAAUGAUUCCACCUUAUACAAAAGUGACUGCAGUUUACACACUUUUCCUCGUUCUGUUAUUUCAAGAAUUUGCCCCGACUGUCCAGUAGGCGGAAAUCCUUCUGAAGAGAGAUUUCAGGCUGCAGCUAGAGAAAGCCUGGCCAAAUUCAAUGCUGAAAUUAACCACUAUCAUUAUUUUGCCGUUCGUGAGGUCACCAAAGCAAGUUCACAGUGGGUUGUUGGCGAAUCCAACUUUGUGGAAUACAUCAUCCAGGAGACUUCCUGUCGCAAAAGUCCACCUGUGUCUGACAUCUCUAAAUGCCCUCUGCUCCCAGAUGAAACUGCAGAUUCAGGGCUAUGCAAAGGCUCCGUGAUCAACAGCCAACUAGAAUUUAAAAAAUUUGUCACGGUACAAUGCGAGUUUUUCCCGCAUCUGCCACCAGCUAAUGUCACAGAAACGCCACCCAAGCAGGAGGAAGAAGAGGUACUGGUGACCAAUUGUCCUCCGGGCAGCCUUGAUUCUAGCCCCACUGUUGCUUCUAUAAAAGAGGAAGCCCCAACAACCUUUUCGCCCUACCGCAAAGCCAUUUCCCUAUCAACUGACUGCCCAGGAGAGGUUGCAGUAAAUAUCGUUGGCCUUAAUCUGCCUUCACGACAACAGUCUGAAACAAAGAGUGAUGUACAACACUGAAAGCUUAAUUCAGAGGAAACUUCCCACCUCUCUUCCGUCCUUCACUCACUCACUCACUUACUCAUCAUUCACUAGAACAGAAACUAUUUUCCUGCCGAAGGAAAUAUUAGAAACAUUUAAUAAAAGAACCCAGGUAGUAUGACA